CACACACUAUACUCACUACUGCUGCCAUCUGUCGGUUGUGAAAAAAUAUCUUGUGACGCCUCAAAAGAUGGCGUAUAUUAAUUGUUAUAAAGUGCUAAACAAAUCGUAAAAAAAUAAUUCUCGGGGAAAAUAAAUGUAAAAAUCAGUGGAAAAGAUACAAUUUAAUAACAAAUUACUAUAAUUAAACGCAUACUAAACAUGUAAAUAACGAAUCUGAACACAAACACAAUUGUUUAAACAACAAAUACAAAGCAAAAAUCAAAUAGAUUCACAAAAGCAACCAAAAAACGCUGCUGUGGUUGUACGUGAAGAGAAGAUAAAAAAAAAUAACGCAAAGCCAAAAAAGAAGCAGCCACGAAGUGAAAAUAAAAUACUGAAAAGAAAAUUAUUAAUAAAAGGUAGCAACGAAAGAAAAAGUAAUUGCAGUGAAUUGAUUAGAAUUAUUUCGAUUUGUAUCGAAUACAAAAAUUUUAAAUCUGCCGGUAUUUAUUUAUAAAACAUGGCGGAUAUUGCAUAUCCAACGGGAUGCAAACCCCUAACAGAAGAUUUGGGAACGGAUGAAUUAAUACGACGUCUUAAGACCUUAGCCAAUACUCUACAGGCCAUGGGUCAAGAUGAUGGCUUAUAUCAACAGUAUAUACCACUCUCAAUACAUCUGGCAGACUAUUGCUUUCUGCAUCAUCAAUCACGCGAUGUACAAUUGUUGGUGGCCUGCUGUAUAGCCGAUGUAUUGCGUGUUUAUGCACCAGAGGCUCCCUACAAAGAUCAAGAACAAAUCAAGAAUAUAUUUAUGUUUUUCAUUAAACAAUUGCAGGGUCUUAAAGAUCCAAAGGAUCCUUCGUUUAAACGUUAUUUCUAUCUGUUGGAAAAUUUGGCAUAUGUUAAAUCGUUUAAUAUGUGCUUCGAAUUGGAAGAUUGUGCGGAAAUAUUUUGUGAACUAUUUGGCAUGAUGUUUAAAAUUGUCAAUGAGGAGCACAGUGCCAAAGUUAAAAAUUUCAUGAUCGAUAUCAUGUCGCCUUUGAUAAAUGAAGCCGAUAAUUUCACCACAGACAUUUUGGAUAUAAUAUUGAUAAAUAUUGUUGAGCCCAAAAAAUCACACAACAAAUUUGCCUACCAAUUAGCCGAACAGUUGAUUGUCAAGACCUGUGACUCUUUGGAGACUAUAAUCAAAUUGUUCUUUAAUCAAGUUUUGGUUUUGGAUAAAAUUGAUAAUAGUUACGAGAUAUGUCAUAAGAUAUACGAUCUAAUCUAUGAAUUACACAUCAUAUGUCCAAAUAUCUUGUGUUCGGUGUUGCCUCAGUUGGAGUGUAAACUGAAAUCAUCAAAUGAACAAGAGCGUUUAAAGGCUGUUUCGCUUUUGGCUCGCAUGUUCUCCGAAAAAGAUUCUCAACUAUCGAAAAAACACUCUGCCUUAUUGCGCAUGUUUUUGGGUCGUUUCUGUGACAUAUCCGUUAGCAUACGCGUCAAGUGUGUACAAUCGUCUAUGCACUUCUUACUCAAUCAACCCCACCUGCGUGACGAUAUCAUCUCCUGCUUGCGCGCCCGCCAACACGACUCCGAUGAAAAUGUACGCUAUGAAGUUGUCAUGGCCAUAGUGGAAACCGCCAAGCGGGAAUUUACCAUAGUCUGCGAAUCGGAGGAUUUGUUGGAUUUUGUACGUGAACGUACGCUAGAUAAGAAAUUCAAAAUACGUAAAGAAGCCAUGUGGGGUUUGGCGUUCGUCUACAAAAAGGCCAUCUGUGAACCCAACGACCUAACGGACGAGGUCAAAAAGUCAAUAGAAUGGAUUAAAAAUAAAAUCAUGCAUGGCUACUACAUGCCCACCCUAGAAGAUCGUUUACAAGUUGAACGUUUGUUAAUCACCUCAUUAGUGCCCUAUAAACUAACACCCGUUGAUCGUAUGAAACAGUUGUAUCAUUUAAUGGGCACCUUUGACGACAAUGCCACCAAGGCAUUUAUAGAGCUGCAAAAGAAUCAAAUGAAAACACGUAAAACCGUCCUAGAAUGGGUGAAAUUGCAUAAAACCAAGGAUAUGACACCGUCGCUACAAAGUCAACUGAAUAUCAAACAGUCCAUCAUUUGUAAAUUACUGGCGGAUCCUCUCAAGGCCUCCGAGUUUCUCAGUCGAUUUAGUACGAAUUUACGUAAAGAUCCGACACUGUUUCGUUAUAUGGAAACCAUAUUGAAAAGGGAUGUUUCGUGUAAAGAAUGUGCCGAUACAAUGUCGUUGCUGUUGAAGAAAUUGGGUACGCCCAUUAUGACGAAUCUGUACUAUCAGACGGUGAAAAUGUUAAUAGAACGUAUUGCCUCGGUAAUGAUUGAUAAGGAGUCGGUGGGUAUAUUAAUUGGUUUAAUAGAAGAUUGUAUGCGUGGUGGUGAGACAGCCAGGAAAAUGGGAAUGCCUCCAAAUGAGGCUGGUGAACAAGGUUUAAAAUUAUUAACCGCUUUAUCAUAUUUAUUUUCACCGCACUUUUUCACCGACAAAACUCUGCGCCACAUGAUUUCUCUACUCAGCUACGAAGAAGACUAUGCUGCUCCGCUCAUACUAAAAUCUCUAACACAUCUGGGUCGCUAUAAACCUCUAAUAGCCGUUGAUCCAAAUAUUUUAGAAGAGUUGGCGCCUGUUUGCAAGGACUUUGCCAUCGAGGGUACACCCAAACAGGCCAAACAUGCGGUCCGCUGUAUAUUUGUCAAUACACAGGCGGUGGUAAAUGGCGGCAACGAUUGCGCGGACACACCAAAAAUGAUACAUCCGAUCUUUAACGACAUCAUGGAUAAUUUACGUCUUACCUUAAAACCGAAUUGUGUGAAACAGCGUACAAAAGUUGUUACCAUGGGUCACAUAGCCUACAAUAUGCCCAAGGCAUUUGCCGAUAAAAUCAAAAAUAUGAUUGCUCGACGUAUUGUCAAGGAAUUGCUGAUACAGCCGGUACCUGAGGAUAGGAUCUGUUCGAAAAUCGAUGGUGAUUGGUGUGAACAGGAGUUAUUGCCAGCCGAUACUUUGUGCAAAUUGGAUGGCCUGAAGACAAUGGCACGCUGGCUAUUGGGUUUGAAAAAUGACGAGGCCUCAGCCAAGAAGACAUUCCGCAUGCUAAUUGCCUUCAUUCAUCAUGGCGGUGACUUGUUGAAUCAUAGGCGUAUGUUUGCGGCCGAAUCGUCGUGGUUUCGUGUGGCGGCUGCCUGUGCCAUGCUGAAAGUGUGCGAACAAAAGGGUGUGGGUGAUCAGUACACUGCCGAGCAGUAUUACAGUUUAGCACAAUUAAUGUGUGAUCCUGUGCCUCAGGUUCGAGAAAUGUUUGCCCGCAAACUGCAUAAAGGUUUAAACAAAGGUUUACCCAGCAACUGUCUACCAUUAGACUUUAUGGGUUUCUAUGCUUUUGCUGGUAAUGAGACGGACAAAAAAUUAUUGGACUUGAAACGUCAAUUUUUGGAAGCAGAUAUCAAUCGAAGACGUGAAUAUCUAAAAACAAUACAAUCCACAAAUCCAGACAUUUCUGCCGAACAACAUUUACACCUACUACCUGAUUUUAUAUUAGCUUUUGCUAUACCCAUUUUAGUGCACGAUCCGAAAUUUAAUGAUCACGAGGAUCGCACACAAUUAAAACAAAUUGAGAAAUGUUUACGCUUUAUAUUAGAUCCUUUAAUGGCUAAAUCGGAGGCCUUUUCAUAUAGUUUCUAUAAGAAUUUAAUUGAAUUAAUGAAGGAUCAUUAUGUGGUAACGCCGCAUGAAGAUAAUCAAGCCUAUAAUUUGAAAAUGUGGGCUUGUUGUGAUCUCGCUAAUUAUAUUAUAUGUUCCAAAAUGGGACAAUGUGAUUUAACGCCAAACAAAACAUUCAAUGUACCCAUUAAAUUACCACCCUUGUAUUUCCAAAAACCUCCCCCCAACACGGAAGGUUUUCUGCCAAAUACAAAAAUUUAUAUACCCUUCGAUAUGUAUUCGCUGAUUACUACCCUGGGUCCCGCUAAGAAAAUAGCAAAUGCCUUGAAACCCACCACCAGUGGGGGUCCAUCGACAAUAAAAUCUUUAGCUGACAAACGUCCAGCCUCGGAACAUUUAACCUCCAUAGAUCAAAAUUCAUUGAAAAACGCCUCAUUGUUUGAUGGUGUUAAGGACGAUACUACUGAACCCAGCGCCAAAAGAAGUCGAACAAAUGUCAUGCAUGCGGUCUAUAAAAAACAACAACAAAAACAACAACAUUCUUGGUAGAUCCAGUUGACCACAUUAAAACAAACACCUCCCCACAAUCAAACAAACAAACUUUGAAUAUGGUGAAAAAAGGUAAUUUUGAAUACAAAAAUUAAAAAAAAGAAAAUAUCUGUACUUGUAAAUUAGUAAUAUUCGUUUUUAAGUCUUCUAUUUUAUGUUUAAUUUAAUUUUAUUUAAUUCUUAAUUUUACAAAGAAAAAAAAUCAAAAAAAACAAAAUACAAAAACACACAAAGUGUAGUUGAUUUCAAAACGGUGUGAUUUUAAGCAACUAUUUGCCAAAUAAAUCAAAUGUUAAACAAAGAAAUAGGCAUGUAACAGAGUUCCAAUCUAAUGGAAAGCAAACUAAUUGUUGUAGGAGUUAUAUUCGUUAGAAACCUACGAGUUUCUAUAAAUAAUACAGUGUAAUUCGUUGUAAUAUCCCCAGGAUUUAAAAAUAAAUUGUUUAGAAAUUUUAUACAUUACAAUAAAAUAAAACCCCUUAGGGUAGUUUUUGCCUAAAUCCAAAAUAAUAACCUUCCAAUCAAAAGAUAUUUUUUAGAACUUGUAUAAAUGAUACAUUACUAUACAAGAUAACCUAAAUUUUGAUUCAAAACAAUCAAUAGACCCCCGGGGGUUUCAAUUUGAAAAUAUAUUCUUUAGAAUCUGUAUAAAGCAUACAUUACAAUACAUGAGAACUCCUCAGUGUAGGCACAGCAUAGAUUAGAAAGAGGACUUUACAAAUUAUUAAUUUUUGAAUCAACAGUCAAUAACCCCAUGGGGUUUACCGUAUAAUUCAAUACCUCCAGGGGGUUAUUGCAUGAAUCAAUUAAAUAUCAUAAAUUGUUAGAGGCCAUAAAAAUAAAAAAAAAUAUGAAAAUAAUAUUGAAUCAAUUUCGAAUCGAAUUAUACUGUGUCUCGAAAUAAUGAUAUUCGAAUUUGUCUGUUGUCAUCCAUUUUUUUCAAAAUAAUUGAAUUUUUAUUCCAUUAAAAAUCCUUGAAAGAACUCAGUGUCGUGACCUAAUAAAUAAGAUUUAACAAUUGGUUUUAUAACCAAAAAACACCAUAAAUUAUUUUUAAGACUAUGUUACAAAUCGUUUAAUUGUUUCCAAUAUUUAAUAAAUAUAUCUCUCUCUUGAGAAAAAAAAUAACAAACCU